AAAAAUAGGACAAUAUUCUGUCUGAAUUGACAUGAUGCCUUUGUUCUCUUGUCUAUUUUGUUGCCAUGUUCAUUAUCAAAACUUUAUAUAAAGUCUCUUUUUCCCCCUUGUUCAGUUCGUGCCCUCCUCCCUUUGCACUCUUUCACACAGAAUGCGCUUCGCCGUCGUCGUUCUUACUCUCUCCGUCGCUUUCUCUUCCGCGUUUGCGGCGUUGGUUGCACGUCAAAGCUUGCCCAAUUGUGCUGCUACGUGUCUAGAAAAUGCUGACUAUGGCAACUGCUCUUCUACCGACGACACCUGUCUUUGCCAUAGCCAGGCUUUCAUCAACAGCACCACGACCUGUAUUCAGGCGUCGUGCACGGGGUCUGACCUCACAAAUGCCGAAGCAGCUUCCCAAUCGCUCUGUGCCGCAGUGGGUGUCACCUUGACUGUUACGAGCGCUACUGCAACAGCUACAUCCAAUGGUACCGCCACCGCUACCACUGCUAAAGCUUCGUCCACCAACGCUGCAUCAUCGCAUAGCGUUAAUAUGCUCACUGGUGCAGCAGCCUUUGCCAUCCUCGCAGCAUCAUUAUGAAUGGUUGCAGGAUUUGCGAGCAUACCAUUAUUUAAUCUUUCGCAUUCUUUGCGCGCGAUGACUUGAUGAUCCUGUCACGCCGUUUCGAAGGUCGACGUUGAGCAUCAACUCACGAUUACCUGAUUGAUUUUUUGCAUACGGAGGAGGGUUGUAUGGGGUUAAAUAGCCAUCUAUAUAGUUGAACAGCGUCAUUCAUCUACUUUGGACGGCAUGUUAGGCAAUUUAUUUGAAUUUGUGUGCACAAGCGCCCAGUCUUA